UGGCUGUCAGGCUCUACUUUAGGGUUAGCUAACCCGUUGUGAACGUCCCGUCAACAAACCAGAACGUCUCUGGUCCGCUUAGCAUGUCUCAACGGAGCAACGAGGACAAAUAUUACCGACACUAGAAGCAGAUGAUGCAUGGAGAUGAGACAUGGCUUAUUGUUUUGUAAUCGAGGAGUUCGAUGGAACUUUAGAAAGGUCCUGAAGGAAGAGAAUCCUGUUAAAAAGACGAGAGGAGAGAGAACGCUGUGGCAUCGUCCUGAAUCAUAAAUGUAGCGUCAACAAAAUGGGUCUACCAGUGGAUGGUCUGGAUAGAAAUACCGGUGCAGAUGAUCAUGAGCAGCCCGGGGAGGAAGAAGGGAAAGAAAACCAGACAGAAACAUGUGUCUCCAAUCAGCCACCCCCUGUCAGCAAGAAGAAAAGGAAAAGCAGGAGGAGACUGACCAUCAACCUAACCAACUGCAAGUAUGAAAGCGUGAGGCGAGCUGCACGCAGAUGUAACCUCAGGGAGGUGACGGAGGAGGAAGACUGGACUCUGUUCUGGACUGAUUGCUCCGUGUCUCUGGACCGUGUUAGGGACAUGAAGCGUUACCAGAAAAUUAACCAUUUUCCAGGGAUGAGUGAAAUCUGCCGUAAAGACUCACUGGCAAGGAACCUGAACCGCAUGAUGAAGCUUUUUCCUAAAGACUACAACAUCUUCCCCAGAACAUGGUGCCUUCCUGCAGACUUCAGUGACUUACAAGCGUAUACCAGAGCCAGAAAACACAAGACAUACAUCUGUAAGCCGGAAACCGGCUGUCAGGGCAAAGGCAUCUUCAUCACCAGGUCCAGUAAAAAAAUCCAACCUGGAGAACACAUGAUCUGCCAGGUUUACAUCUCCAAGCCUUUUAUAAUCGACGGAUACAAGUUUGACUUGAGGAUUUAUGUUUUGGUGACCUCAUGCGACCCUCUGAGUAUAUUCAUGUUCAAGGAGGGUCUGGUUCGGUUCUGCACCACCAAGUACAAUGAGCCCACACACGGCAACAUGGACAAUGUGUGCAUGCAUCUCACCAACUACUCCAUCAACAAGAACAGUGAGAACUUUGUUCGUGAUGAGGAUGUUGGCAGCAAACGAAAGCUGUCCACCUUCAGCAAGCACCUGGAGUCCAUCAGCUGCAACACUGAGAAGAUGUGGAACGACAUUGAGGACAUCAUCAUAAAGACUCUGAUAUCCGCCCACCCCAUCCUCAAGCAUAAUUACCACACGUGUUUCCCCAACCACAUCACCAGCAGCGCCUGCUUCGAGAUCCUCGGCUUUGAUGUGCUGCUAGAUCACCGACUCAAACCCUGGAUCCUGGAGGUGAAUCACUCCCCAAGUUUUACCACUGACUCCCAGUUGGACCACGAGGUGAAGGACGCGUUGCUCUACAACACGCUGGUUCUCAUCAACCUGAGCUCCUGUAACCGCUGCAAGAUCACCAAGGAGGAGCGCCGCAUGGUGAAGGACAGGCUGCAGCAGAACCGCUCCAGAGAGGCCAGGUCGGAGGAGAUGCGACAGUGCCAGACAGCCAUGAUGGAGCAGAUGGAGGAGUAUGAGGCCAAACACCUGGGAGGGUUUAAAAGGAUCUACCCCAGGGAGGGAGGAGAAAAAUACGACAAGUACUUCAAACACAGCAUCUCGCUCUUCCAGGAGACCACAGCAUCCAAAGCUAGAGAGGAGUGUGCCAGGCAGCAGCUGCAGGGACUGCAUCUGAAACAGGAGCAGAAGGAGCUGAAGGAGCUGAGGGGAAGCAGCAGGAGAGACUUACAGGGAGAGACAGCCGGAGAAAAAGUCAAACCUAAACGAACAUCCACACAGGUGACCUGUGACCUGCAGCAUCUGUCCGAUGAUGGUGCUGCUGAUCAGCAGUCACCGCCGUCUGUGAUUGCUGUGGAUCCGGAGGUCGCAGAACUCCAAGAGGAGCAGCAGGGGGAGGGGGAGGAAGUAAAGGAGGUAGAGGAGCAGGAGCGAAUAAACUCUCUGCUGCAGAGGAAGAAGCUGCUGGAGGACUUGGGAGUGGUGGACCAACUCCAUCAGCUGUUCCACAUUCAGACAAAAAGGAGAGAAGACCUGCAGGACAGAAGGGAGGCCUGCAGAAACCAGCAGAGCAGACAGGUUGAUCAGAGAUGUGAGCAGGUGAAGUUUGAUUCUCUGAUGCUGUUUGACCAGAAGAGGAAACAGCAGGAGGUGACACGGCAGCAGCUCUACUCACACACGACCCAGCAACAUUUUCUCAGGCCCACAAUAGACCAGAGGAUCCAGAAUAUGUCUGAAAGCUCGGAGGCAAAGAGCCGGAGCAGACUGGGAGACGGAUACCUGAGCAGCCAGCAGGUCCCUCGUUUAGAGAGAGAUUUUGUCAGGCGGGACAGCGGGAGCAGCUCCUUUGUGUUCCCAAAGUUCCGAGGAAGGAUCCCCGCCAUAAACCAGGUCCAUAAAGGGGGUCACACGUCCCACGACCCUGCAGACCUCCAGAGUCUGUUUGUUGUCUCCACUCGCAUCCCGAUCAUCAGCAGGCCUGGACUCUCUCGUCCAAAACUCCUCCUGCAGAGCUCCUCAAAAAGUAAAAGGUCUCUAGUUCUGCAGCACACAAACCUCCAUGGUGGCAGCAGAGCAGGAACUGGAGAGCCAGGUUGAUGCUGCCCUGGGGUUUAUUGGGAACCUUCAGAGGUGAAGGUAGACCCAUCCUUAACUGUGAAGAGAAAUAAUGGAUCAGUGGAACUAAGGAUUUCUUUUCUUCAAUUUCUGUUUUUUACUUAAUAUUUGCACACUGACUGUUUUCCUAUCCAAUGGCCUUUUAAAUUUAUUGGUUUCUUAAAAAACAGAUUAUGGAAAAGAAUCUCAGUGCCAAGAAUAAAGCAGUGACUUAAAAAGGCAGCGUCUGAAUUUCUU